CCCCCAAGUUUGUCUGUUGUUUCCAACCCUCGUCCAUCCAACCGAACCUUUGAGUUGGGCAACCUGGCAAUUCCUCAACAGUCGCUCGCCGCCUUGUCAGCUUGUUGGUUGAUCCGCCGGUUUCGCUUCAUCGCCCUGGCGAACAAUGAAUGUCCUUUUGUCGCCGCAGCCCCCGACCUUCUCCCUCCAGUGCGAAACCUCCCGACUCCCGCCUCCGCUUCCGGGUAAGCCUGUUCUCCUCCAUUUCCACCACCUCUGUCUGCAUCGUGUGGGCGCUGUCGCUGCAUGAUGCGUGGCAGGAAGCGAUCAUCGUGCCCGACGCCAGGACUUGGAAACAAGAGUUUAUUAACCCCUUAACAGUCCCACAGCACGCCAUGGCCUCUAGGAAGCGGAAAGCCGACGACGAAGAGAUGUCGGUGUCGCCAGUGAACUCACCAGCAACAUCUUCGAGACAGCUCGCACGACCGUCCAAAAAAGUCCGCGGCGGCAGCGACAUAGCUGGUCGCCCGCUGUCGCUCCCCCGAUUGCUCGAGACCCUCGACAACACACAAUUGCGCACGGUCCUCCAGACCCUCUGCGAGCGUCAUCCGGAUAUCGGCCGGGAAGUUGUGAAUGAUGCGCCGCGGCCAUCAGUCGCUUCGGCGCUUCAGGUUCUCGGCGAUUACCAGGAGAAACUCCGGGCUGCCGUUCCCUUUGGCGAGUCUAGCUCCGAUUAUACGUAUUUCCGGGUCAAACAACCUCUGGUCGCACUCGUCGAUGCCAUCUCCGAUUUCACGCCCCAGUUCCUUCCGCCUGUCGAACAGCAGACAAACGUCUCAUUACAAUAUCUCGAUGCCGCGACCAAAGUCAUUCACGAGCUACCCGACUGGGAGAGCCAACAAUAUCGGCACCACAAGGAUAAUGCGUACGACGAGAUUUCGGGCGCAUGGGCGCUCGUGAUCUCCGAAGCAGCCAAGAGAGGAGGGGGCUUCGUCUUGCACACGGGCGGCUGGGACCAGAAGCUGGCCAAGCACAAUCAGCAAUCAGGUGGAAAGCUGGAACAGGCGGUGAGCGCCAUGGCGGCGGAGGUGCCGUGGCUGGGCAACAACGCGAACGCCACGCCGGCGUCGGGGUUGUCGGAUCCGAACUCGAUUCUCAACCAGCUCAUCAACGGCAAUUACGGUUCGCCUGUUCGUGUCGGUCCCUGGUAGAGAGGGGGUGGAUAUUGCAUGUGAUGGGAGCUGUUGCUUCGUCUGAGCGCCAACAUCGUCAACGAUAUUACGAUCCCUCAUUCCUCUUUUUUCUUUUUUUCAUCUUUACCAUUUCUUCAUGAGG